UUAAAGAUAGAAUAAUGAAGAUAACUAUGUCAAAAUCAGUAGCGAUUAUUCUGGAUGCUGAAGCGAGAUUGGCAGAAAAGGCGGUGAACAAAAAAUGAAUUUGCAGAUUCCUGAAUGUUUAGGAAAGGAUGUUAUCAUGCAUCAGAUUAUGCACACCGCUGGCUUUUCUCACGAGCACACUAGACCAGACCGAGAUAAUUAUGUAGAAAUCAAUUGGAAAAAUAUUCAAGAAGAUGCCAAAAAGAACUUCAAAAAAGCUGAACUGAAGUGGAGUGAUUUUGACAUUCCUUAUGAUUAUGACAGCAUAAUGCAUUCUUCAGUAUACGCGGGUGCCGUACACGAUCACGAUCCAAACGUAAAAAUCGGCCAGAGAGAGCGUCUCAAUGUCUUGGACGUUAUGAAGAUAAAUGUAAUGUAUAAUUGCUCAUCGGAGUCACACAAUCAAGUUAUGUAG